GCAAUCUUAACCACUGACCAAGGAUAGGGAAGAACCACCCACUCCAAUACGGAAACCAGACGACGGAACUCGAUAAUCCCUUCAAAAUCGACGUUAAUGGGUAUCUGGGAUGAUCUCAGAUCGGUCGCCUUCAAAUUUAUCAAUCGGAGCACUUCACACAAGUCCUCCGAUUCAACUACAAUUUCACGAAUCGAAUCCAUGCCUGAUCCCGAUCGCAGGGAGACCAUAACUCGGGUUCUAACCGGAUUCAGCAAGUUCGCCGUCGAUUCUGCUGUUAAUGAGUCUCUUAAAGGUGGGUUACAACUAUAUAAGAUAGCUAAGGAAGGAAUGAAGGAUCAAGAAGCAACAAAUCUGAACAAUAAGCCGCGGCAUACACUAAUGAUGGAGGAGAUGCAGGCUCGGAUGGAGAAAAUGGAGGAAGAUUUGCAUAUUAUAAGGCUAGAUGAUGAAGAUUCAAUCUUAUGUGCCAAGGAUUUGGAUCCUCGUAAAGAGGAGUCGACUGAACCUACAGAAAAAUCAGAAACUGAUAUCAAGAAGGUCUUUAUUCGAUCACGCUUAUGAAGAACGAAAGCUGAAUCUGGGGAUUGUAAGGUAAGUAUGCAUUUGCCAAAUACCUAUAUCUGUAGAUUAGAUUGUAACCUUUUGCAGUUUUGUUGCUGUUUUAAGUUGCAUCUGGUGUGGAUUGAACUCUAAUGUUCCUCUUUGUGAAUAUAUCUAUUUGUGAUAUCUUCAAACUUCAAAUUUGUUUUUAUG